UCGGUUCUGGAGUCUGUACAAGAUGAAGUAGCUACGUUGCGCCUAAAUCAGCUAGACCGCAUAACUCUCCCCAUGAUUUUGGCUUUUGCCGAUGAUUUGAUCAUAGUUGCAGAAAACGUUGAAGAUCUCGAGAUAAUAUUAACAAAGCUUACUGAAUAUUUGGGCUACGUGGGGUUAAAUUUAAACAACAGCAAGUGUAAAGUACUGGUUCGAGAGCCUAUAGGCGAUGCUCCAGACAGAAUUAUCAUCAAUGGACAAGAGUAUGCUACUACCGACCCACUGCGAUACUUAGGAGUCUAUCUCACCCCAAGAUUGGAUCGACCAAUGACUGUACGCACGCGAUGCCGAAAUUCGGUCCGAGUUGCCAAAGCGGUUAUGCAGUUUCUGAGAAAGUAUAAGCCAACGUGGGAAGUUGCCCGUAUUAUUUAUGAAACAGUUAUUGCUCCCGCUAUGAUUUACGGGACUCAAGUGGCAGUUCUAACUAAAUAUAGUCGUCGUUCGAUUCGGGAGUAUGAGAAGCAGAUCGUCCAUGGAAUGGCUAGCUUAUGCCGUGCUUCAGAUUCUGGACAGACGGCAAAGUCUGUAAACACCCUACUUCAAAAGAGACGAAUCACCAAAAAAAUACGGAUUUACCAAAUGCGAUGGUGGGGUCACGUGCGAAGACGAGAGAGAUCACACCCGCUUAGGGUAGCCGCUCGUCUACAAGCUAGACAUUUACGGCGGUGCAGACCGUCCUUCACUUGGUGGGACAGUAUCAAACAUAACAUGGGACUAUACGAGAAUAUGACGUACCAGGAUUGGUUACAAUUGGCUAAGGAAAAAGGACCUUAUCAUCUAAAACUACAGGAGCUCUAUGAAAAACAAGAAUCGGAUGAUAGUGAAUGGGAGACUGACCUAGACUCCUGAUGCUUGAGACCAAUCACUGCACUGCACAGUUGGGCCAGACUGUUGACAAACAUCGGUCACUGUAGCACAUCAUCGACCACUAAUCGCAGGGUUCCUCUCACCAACAAUAAAUAUUAGUUCACCACGAAACAGCGUCGAAUCUUUAAACCGAAAAUUCAUCUACUCCUAUUAUGCUGCAGGUGAAAACACAUAUUGACCCAGUAAUAGCAGAGUAGAGUUGGACUUCGUGCUUAAUAGGUAGGAUCGCAAACGGCAAAUAAAAGCCAUCCGUGGUCUGUAUAUGACCUAUAUAGGCACACAACAGGUAAAAGAAAUUAUUUGCAAUAUUGUUUUUAUUUGGUUCUACGUUGAAACUAGCCGAAUCAAGAA